AACCAGACUCGAGAAUCGCUUUCAAGUGCUGCAAGGCAGCGGAAUAUACCUCUUGAGAUGUUGGGGUUCAUGAUACCGUAUUGGCGUUCGAGACGCGGCCUUCCACUGCAAGGCAUGCCUGUGAACUCCUCGUCUCAGAAGACAGAACAUCAUGCAAAAGAAGUGGAAGCUCUCCGCGAAGCACUUACUGCAGCAGCCACGCCGACUCCUCAAAAUGCCCCGCUGUUAAAGCUACCCAUCGAGCUCAUCCAGCAUAUAUCUACCUACCUCCCCAACAUAUCCACAGUGGCUUCCUUCUCCCUCACCUCGCGAUAUCUAUACUAUGCCAUAGGCACGCUUCCACUCUCCACCCACAUGUAUGGCGCAGAUACUAUUCCAUCUCAUGGAAGCCGCACCUCCAGCUAUUCGCUAUCGAGAAUAUCACGGACUGAGCGCCGAGAGCGUCGAGAGAUCCUUGAGCGUGCAUUUCCCUCGCGUUGGUACUGCGCAUGGUGCGACAAUUUCCAUAUCCAAGAAGCAUCCACAAGUCCCAAGCUCUUUGUAUUUGAAACUAAAAGAGCAUGUUCUGGAUACAACAGCUACCUCCAUGACGACAAGAACGAGUUCGUGCUUUGUUUUCACCAUGUGCGACUCGCAGUAAAUAGACAGCUAUGGGGUCCAGAGUACGGCAUUGGUCUUGAUGCGUUUUCCUACACGUCAAGUCCUACGCAUAAGACAUUGCAUUUAAGAAGGAAGAAGAUUGGAAUAUCCACAGUCCUACGUACUGGGGCGAAAGUGGUGGAUGGCCGAUUUCUUCUCAACGUCACGUACUCAAUAUCAAUGCCAACGCCACCAUCUGGCACGGGGCUCGCGCGAAGCCUUGCGAAGUCCGUUUUGCCGAUUCUCCCUCAGAUUCUCGCGGGUCAUCGCGAUUCGCAUGAGCCGCAUACCGGAUUCUUGAUCGCCCUCGAAAAAGCGCUCUUGUCUCCGGUAUCGAAGCCGGGUAUCGUCCGUCUGUGCUCCGUAUGCGCGACGGAUUUCAUAGUCGACGUUCACCGCUCCGCAUCGAACAAAGAGUAUUCAGCUGGAAACGUCGCCGCUUUUCCUAAGAUAUUAGUCAGAAUCUCCGUGUGGCGUGAUCUAGGGGAUGGUCGUAACCCUUUCAAUUCGAGUUGGCGUGCACACGGGGAGAUUGGUCGUGGAAAAGAGGGAUUUGCGCAAGACCUGUGGCGCCUGGUGCAAUUACGGCCCGGUGGUAUAAAAGAGGCAUUCGAGAAAGACAAAGAGAAGGAAUCGAAGGCGGAUCCAAUCGACGAGGGAAUCAAGUGUUGGAUAUGGGAGGAGGAAGUACUUGGAAAGAGAUAUAGAGAAUCGGCUAAGCUUUAA